ACAUCCAACUUUAACUACUCAGGUAAAAAUGGCUUCUUUCCACGAUGCACAAGAGUUCCAGGGUAACCAAGGUGAAGACGAAGAGGUUGAUGUGAUCUCAACGGAGCCCAUUGUCAUGAUAGUGCCGCCGGAGUUACAAGACUCGCUUAGAAUCGCCACGCCAGAGAGUAGCACUAGUUCGAGCGCAGGUAGUGGUUCUGAGGACCACCGGCCUUCAACCUCUAGCGAUUCACGCACGGAAGAGACACCCAGUGAAACAGAGGGUGCUGAAGAGGCUGGUUGCAGUGUGCCGACGAUGAGUACAGCAGCUAAGGUGGUUUUGUUUGAGGGGUGGGAGAGCAAGGUUCUUAGUGUAAGGCUGGACAACCUUCGCAAGGCCCCCAAAACCUUACCGGCUGGCUUUAAAUUCAAGGCGGCACUAUAUCACGAAGUUGCAGAUGGUGCGGCCACAGUAAAGGGAUAUAAGAAGUUGGAGGAGAUGGUGAGGCGAUAUCAAAUCCCUCGAACCAUCCUGAUCCGAGCUAGAACACCAAACGAACGGGUGUGCUCAGUAUCGCGGAUGGGUUGGGUGCUAGUAUACGUAGACCAUUUUGACGCCGGUCUAUGUUUUCCUCUUCCAGGACUAAUUUUUGAUGUCCUGGCAGAGUACGAGCUGGUCCUUUCGCAACUUACUCCCAAUAGCAUAAAGUUCAUCAUAGGCUUUAUGCUGUUGUGCGAAAGGUUGGGGAUGCCUGCAAAGGCAGUGGUCUUCAAGUCGCUCUUCCUGUGCCGUCUCUGUCCCUCCACCAGCGGUACGAGAUGGUAUUACAUCUCUGGGAGAGAGAAGAUGAUGAUAUUCACCAACAUCAGAAAUAAGCUGACAAGUGGUGAUGUCGACCUGAAGAACCGGCUGCUUGAUUACGUGAAGGCGAGGGGUUUGGUGGAUCUAGAAGCCUUGGUUACCCCAGAUCAGAUCGCACUUCUUGGGUUUGUCGAUGUGGCAAACCUUAACGGGGAAGGCAACGUUAGAGAGCACAAGGCUCAAGGGGCCGGGGAGCUGGAUCCAGUUCCCAGCGUCAAUCCCGCUUUGACGAGCGGCCGCCCGCUGCACCUGGGCACAGCUCACAGCACUGAAGUUCCAGCUCGGCACAAAGACCACGUGCCGAGCAGAGACGUGCCUCAAGCGUCAGCUCGUGAGGUUGCCGAGCCAGCUCGUGAGGUUGCCGAGCCAGCUCGUGAGGUUGCCGAGCCAGCACCUGCCUCGUCGUCUGUAGCGGGGCCACGAAUUGCAUACCCGAACGGCUUUAGCUACGCGAACGGACUACCAGGCUGUGAUGCUGCAGGGUAUGCAAAGCUUCGUGCCUCCUGCAAAUCGACAACGUGCGAAGAGGCACGUUCAGCAGCAUGAAGGACAUGCUGCUCUAAUAAAGCUGAUGGAUGUAA